AUGGCCUUACAGCAGACUACUGAAUCCGUUAGUGACCUGUACGCCAAGUUCUUGGAGAUGCUAUCUUUUUGCCCCUCAUUUGCUGGGAACGCGGCCUGGUUAGUCAGCCGGUACACUACCAUUCUACGUACCGAGAUUCGGGAAUUCGUUAGCAUGCAGGAGUUCCCGACUUUAUCCGCGAUCAUGGAUGCAGCGAGGAGGAGGGAAAUCGAGUUGCAGACCCAGACCAAGAGGAAGGCCAAUGACACCUCCUCCAAGACAUCCGGAGAUGCCCAGAAAAAGCAAAAGCAGGGUGGUAAGUCAAGGUAUGAGUACAAGCCGUCUUCAAGUCAGGGCGAGAAAAAUCCGUUGAUAUGCUACAACUGUAAAAAGCCAGGGCAUCAUUGGAAGAAUUGUAGGGCUCCCCCUGCGAGUGCAGUUCCUCAUAUUACUUCUGCAGUUCCCGUCUGCUAUCACUACAACGAGACGGGACACAAGAAGCCUGAAUGCCCGAAGUUAAAGACUGGUAAAGGAGACAGGGGUACAAAUCCUGCAAUUGCAUCAUCCUCUAAGGGAACCACUAUGGUGACACGAGGUCGUGCUCACCAGAUGACUGUGGAGGAGCCGGUGAUUACAACGACACUGGCAGACACUUAUUUGCUAGAUUCCAAGCCCGAUGUUGUUAUGUUUGAUAGCGGUGCUACCCAUUCUUUUGUAUCUCACACGUUUAUUAAUCGUUUGGGGCGUAGUAUUGGAAAAUUGGCUCACCCAAUGGUUGUCGAUGUUGUCGACAACCGCACUAUUUCUGUCACCGAUGUCUAUCGGGGUUGCACUAUCGAGUUUUCUGGAGUUGAAUUCCCUAUUGAUAUUAUCCCUAUUGCGAUGCGAGAGCUCUGCGUUAUCGUAGAGUGUUGUAUGUGGUGUGUGAUGGCUGGAAAAACAAGAAAAGGCCACCGCCACCACCGUGAGGUGGUCGCUGCCACCAUUCGCCGCCGCCGGCCACCAUAG